AUAAAAAGAACAGGCCCAUAACCUUAACAGUGCUGUGUUUAUGCGCCCGCAUUUGACAUGAUCGUAAGAGCAAACAGCACGAUUUUAGAAACUAACGUCAUACAAUGAAACGUGGCUUUUCGUCAGUGGCUUUAUAAUUAUCUCCCCAGUAUAUCCCAAUCCAUUACAACAUGUACGUCGUUGCAAAAAUGUAUUUAUUCUACGUUAUCGUUGGCGUACUAUUCUGCGUAUCUUACGCGGAUUUCGUUCGCGAGAGCGAGCUCGACUACGAUGGCUGGUUGCAAUUGCGAUUAUGGCAAGCAUUCAAUGACGACCCGAUGCCCGUGUUCACGGAACGAGGAAACAUCACCGUGUCCAGCGUACGUAGCGGCGCGUCCGUUGUUGGUCAGAACGGCCUGUUACCGGCCCAGAUAAGCGCGCUGAAGAAUCUUGCCGAGCACGACGGCAAGUACAGGCUGAAGGUUCUGGCACGCACCUCAUCUGGCAGCGAGAUCACGUUCCUCAGCUCAGUGCCAGCGUGUUAUUUGCUCGGUUCCGAUCUAGAAGAUAUCAUAACAAUAUGGUUGGACAGUGCAGCAGAGCCAAUAGCUGUGAGCAUUUCGUCCUUAGGUCCCUGUAUAUUAGACAACCCCUUCACAAAUAUGUGGACCACUAAUGUCGUAGUCAGAUAUCCAGACGGCGGUCCUAUUCCAGAUACUGCUAUGUAUAUUCAAAAACUCGAACGAGAACGAGAAGCAAGGGAGAGAGGAGAAACCAAAGAUAAUCGUUCAUUUCUUGCGAAAUACUGGAUGUAUAUUGUCCCUGCAUUGAUCUUUCUACUGCUUUCAUCUGCGACAAAUCCAGAAGCUGCUGCAGGAGGAAGUGCACAAAGACAAUGAUUUUCUAAUGAAAAUAAUUUGUACCUGUGUGUGCAUUAUGUCCCAGAAGAUGGUCUUAUGAAAUUUGUCUAAAUUUAUAUAGUAUAUAA